UAAGCAGAAUAUGCUCGAACUAUAACGGAAUUUGCAGGUUGUUCUUAGGCCCGAAGACGGUUGUAGUCAUGGUUUCGCAUCCAAAAUAUUUAAAGAAAAUCUUCAAAAAUUCUUCGGAGCAUAUAGAAAAAACGAAUUUUUACGAUUUCUUCAAGGACAUUCUUGGAAAAGGAAUUUCAAUUGUUACAGGGCCGAUUUGGCAUAAUAAUAGGAAAGCGCUGCAGCCGGCAUUUCAAUACGCAAUGCUCGAAGAUUUCAAUAAAAUUUUCAAUAAAACGGGCGACAAAUUGCUGAAAAAGUUUGAGAAAAUUCUGGGACGUCAAGUGGAUGUUAGCCCAUACAUAAAUAGCAGUACGAUGGAAACUACAUAUGAAAGUAUACUGGGAUUGAAUUUCGAAGAAAAUCCGGAGGAAAAUUUGAAGUAUUCUAACACUAUUUACCAGUACAUAGACACUUGUUUAGAGCGCAUUUUUUCGCCGAUCAAGAGAAGCGAUUUCCUGUACCAACUAAUGCCUGAACACAAAAAACAGCAGGAACGUCUGCAAGAGAUAUUGAAUUUUACAUCUGCCAUCGUCGAUAAGAAGAGGGAAGAAAUGAAGCGACGAAGCGGUGAUAAUAUCUCCGAAAAUUCGGAUUUCGGUAUUAAAAAGAAGUCCACGUUGCUGGACAUCAUAUUGGAGCGAUUUAAAACUGAUGAAGAUUUGCCUUACGAAUACAUCAACGAGGAGCUCAGCACGUUUCUGACUGCGGGUCAUCACACGGUGACGUCUGUCCUAUCGAGUAUCCUUUACGAGCUCUCCAAGCACGAGGAUGUUCAAGAGAAGUUAUUCGAAGAGAUCUCAAGUAUUAUUGAAGAUGCUAAAUGCAUCAGCACUAAAGAUAUAAAUGCAAUGGAAUAUAUGGAAUGCGUGGUUAAAGAAGGUCUUCGUUUAUACAGCCCAGCGACUUAUAUAGAACGCAAGUUGGAUUAUGAUGUCGAAGUAGAUGGUUCUAUCAUACCAAAAGGCACGAGCAUAAACAUAUUCAUCUUCCAGUUACAUCGCUCCGAACAGGUGUACAAAAACGCUAUGAAAUUUGAUCCGGAUCGAUUUUCGGCUGCCAACAUCGAUGGACGAGACCCUAUGGCUUUCAUUCCUUUCAGUUUUGGGAUCAGGAAUUGCAUUGGAUGGAAAUUCGCUAUGAUUCAGAUAAAGUGUCUCCUCGCUAAAAUCAUCUACAAUUACAGAAUGCAACCUUUAUCACAACACUUCAAACUUCAGUUGUACAGUGACGGCAUUCUCAAAUCCAAGAACGGAUUUCCUGUCAACCUCUCAAGAAGAUGAUCUACCUCUUCAAACUAUAUCUAAGAACUCACUAAUAAUAUUUGUGAAUGCGACAAAUAGUUAUUUGUGUUUC